AUGGCGAAGGCUGAUAGUGGCGGCCUCGACAGAUACUUUUCAUCGAAUAUGGAGAAUGUGAAGAAAUUGUGUGAGACAGUAAUAAAAUCUGAGGAAGACAAGUGUCGUUACAGGGGGCUUGAACUCAAAAAUGAUCUAAAAGUUCUUUUAAUUAGUGAUAAUUGCACAGAUAAAUCUGCUGCAGCAUUAGAUGUUAAUGUUGGGUGUAUGAGUGAUCCAGUGGAAUUACCUGGUCUGGCACACUUUUGUGAACAUAUGUUGUUUUUGGGUACUGAAAAGUACCCAGCAGAGAAUGAGUACACAAAGUUUUUGUCAGAACAUGGAGGAGCCUCUAAUGCCUAUACAUUUUCGGAUCAUACAAAUUAUUUCUUUGAUGUUCUACCCGAACAUUUAAGUGGUGCUUUAGAUAGAUUUUCACAAUUUUUUAUUGCUCCACUAUUUUCUGAAAGUGCAACUGAUCGAGAAGUAAAUGCAGUUAAUUCAGAACAUGAAAAAAAUAUACCAAAUGAUUCUUGGAGACUCGAUCAGUUGGAGAAAUCAACUUCAAAGCCAAAUCAUGAUUAUAAUAAAUUUGGAACUGGUAAUAAAAUGACAUUAGAAACCAUCCCUAAAGAGAAGGGAAUAAAUGUUCGUGAAGAAUUAUUGAAGUUUCAUGACAAAUGGUAUUCAUCAAAUAUCAUGAGUCUGUGUAUAAUUGGAAAAGAAAGUUUAGAUGACCUUCAGGAAAUGGCUGUGUCAAUGUUCUCAAAUGUGAAAAACAAAACUGUGAAAGUACCUUACUGGCCUGAACAUCCCUUUGGGCCCGAGCAAGUAAAAAUAAAGGGCUAUGUAGUUCCAGUCAAGGAUCUGAGAACACUGAACAUAACAUUCCCGAUUCCAGACCUCCAUGAGUACUACAAGGCAGGACCUGGACAUUAUCUGAGCCAUCUUUUUGGACAUGAAGGUCCUGGAAGUUUACUGUCAGUUUUGAGGACCAAGAGCUGGUGUAACACACUAGUUGGUGGAGCAAGAACGAGCACAAUGGGCUUUGGUUUCUUUGGCAUUAAUGUGGAUUUGACAGAUGAAGGGAUAGAGCAUGUGGAUGAAAUUGUGCAGCUUGUUUUUCAGUAUGUAAAUUUAUUGAAAGCUGAAGGCCCAAUGGAAUGGAUUUUUAAAGAAUGUAGUGAUAUUGCCAGAAUGCAUUUUCGCUUCAAGGAUAAAGAGGCCCCACAAAGUUAUGCAUCCACUACUGCUGUGAAUUUGCAGUUGUAUCCCCUUGAAGAAGUUCUUUCUGGCCCGUACAUUACUACAGAAUGGCGACCUGAUUUGAUAGAAAUGGUGCUCUCGUACUUGACUCCUCAAAAUGUCAGGCAAGUGUUUAAUUCAUUAUUAUAUUUCUGUGAAUGGGUUGCAGUUGUUGGAAAAAAGUUUGAGCCCAUAGUAAAUGAAACAGAAAAAUGGUAUGGAACAAGAUACAAGUUAGAGAAAAUACCGGAAACAACAUUAAAGAUGUGGGAAAAUGCUGGCCGUUGUGAAUCCUUACAUCUUCCACCUGUGAAUGAAUUUAUUCCUACAGAUUUUUCCCUAAUGCCACGAGAGGAAAAUCCUGCAAAAUACCCAUCCAUUAUCCAAGAUACUGCUCUAACAAGAGUUUGGUUCAAACAAGAUGAUGAAUUUUUGCUUCCAAAAGCAAACGUCAGUUUUGAAUUUGUUAGUCCUCUAGCAUACUUGGAUCCACUAAGUUGUAACAUGACUUACAUUUUUGUGGAACUCUUCAAAGAUUCUCUGAAUGAGUAUGCGUAUGCGGCGGAGUUGGCUGGCUUACGAUGGGAACUGUCAAAUACUAAAUACGGUAUGGUGCUUGGAGUAUGUGGAUAUCACAGUAAACAACAUGUGUUGCUUGAAAAGAUAGCAGAAAAAUUGACAUCGUUUAAAAUUGAUCCAAAAAGGUUUGAGAUACUGAAGGAAAAUUACAUCAGAGGACUCAAAAACUUUGAAGCUGAACAGCCAUACCAACACGCUAUCAACUACUUAUCCAUCAUUCUUGCAGAACAAGCUUGGAUCAAGGAGGAAUUGCUUGCUGCAUGUGAUGAUUUACAUUUGGAAACAGUGCAAAGUUUUAUACCUCAGAUCCUUUCCAAGAUGCACAUUGAGUGUCUUAUUCAUGGAAAUUGCACACAGCAAAGAGCUCUACAACUUGUCAGUUUGGUUGAAGAACGGAUACGUUCAAGAUGCAGUUACGUUUUUCAAGUGGAAAACACGCUGCAUCGCAGCUCAUGCGCUGAAGUCUACUAUCAGUGUGGUCUGCAGUCCACGCAAACAAACAUGCUCCUUGAAUUACUUGUUAAGAUCACAACAGAACCUUGUUUUAACAACCUUAGAACAAAGGAACAACUGGGCUACAUUGUUUCCAGUGGUAUUAGGAGAGCCAAUGGUGUGCAGGGUCUCAGAAUAAUUGUUCAGUCAGAUAAACAUCCAAAAUACGUUGACCAACGUGUAGAGGCAUUUGUCCACUUUAUAAAAGAUUACCUGGACAAUCUCAGUGAUGCUGAAUUUGAAAGACACAAAGAAUCGUUGGCUGCUCAGCGUCUUGAAAAGCCGAAGAGACUAGCAGCUCUGUCUGCCCGCUUUUGGGCUGAAAUUACAUCCCAACAAUAUAAUUUUGACCGAGCGCAAAUUGAAGUAGCCCAUCUACGAACCUUACACAAACAAGAUAUUGUUGAUUUUUAUGAUGCCACUAAAAUCGAAAACAUCACGGAUUUCAAGAGUACUCAAGCCAUGUAUCCACUGGUUCAGCCAUAUGUCAAGAUUCCUAAGCCAACUAAUACGAAGGCUAAACUCUGAGUGUUGUUAAGGGUGAAGGAACUGGAGCAACUGUGAGUGCAACUUUGUUCCAUAGUUCAAUAUCACUGAAUAAAUGUUCAGUGUUGCUGGACAAAAACUAUUGAAUAUAUGUUGUCAUGGAUCUUCAAUCAUGAAGUUACGAAUGUUUUCAGAAUCCCAAAGAAGACAAUAUCUUUGCAAGGUUCAGGAUUUUUACAAAGGCAGUACCUAACAACGUUUGUGUUGAGGUAGUUGAGAUAGCUAAUUAAUUGCACAAAAAACAAUUCAUAAAGACCAGAAUAUUCUGGUGAGCUUGUGCAGCAGUACAAUGUAUUUUUUACUGUUCCUGUGAACUUACAGUGCAUAGUUUAGCUGUGCAAGUAGAUUUGUGCACCACUUGAUGGCAACAGACUCCUGGAUAUUUUUAUUGUAUUUCUAUUUGUUUUUCUAUGCUUGAUUUCAUGAUACAUCUUGAAAACUUUUACUGCAUUAUCUUCAAAACAUUUGUAGUGUAUAUGUACAUGUGUUUGUACUGUGAACAUUGAGUGUAGUGUAUUUAUAUCUAAAUAACAUUACUUAUCAACAAAAUUGGUAUUCACUAGUUUACCUGGAAAAUAGUUGAAAAUGGCACUUUAAAGAGUUCUUAACAAUAACUUUGUCAGUUGGAAGUGUUGUCAUAGAAUCAGUUUUAAUAAGAUUUCUUAAUUAAAUCCUUAACAAGAAUUGGUUACAAGCUACCCUGAAAGGAGCAUUUAUAGCUAAAUAGUUUUAUUAUUAUUAUUAUUACUAUUACACUUUAUUUUUAGCCUUAGUUCAU